GCGAGAUUGACCGUCGCAACAAAGUGCUACAAGUGUGAUUUCUGGCCAACCAACGGAACGGAUGAGUCGUGUUUAUACCCGAAUGAUUUUUCAUCAGUAUGGAUGGACGGUAUCGAGAUUGUCGAGUGUGAACACGCUUGUUUCGUAUCAAACAAUUCACUCGGUGGACCUGAGACGAUACACAUCUCGCGUGGCUGCUACGAAGACGAAUACUGUCCCGAUAUCUGCCUGAUCGAUCCCCUCGAUGGGUGGGAGUCGUGUACGCACUGCUGCGACGACGACCUCUGCAACGAUCUCAUGCCCGAGGAGAACUUCGAGGACAGUACGUGGUGCUACGACUGCGGUAGCCACGACAUCGAUUGCGUGAACCCGUCGAUGGAGACGACCGUGAGGACGACGUGCGACACGGCCUGCGAGAUGAAUGUAUACAUCUCCGAACAAACGUCUGUAAUGCGAGGUUGCGCCCUGAGUGAAGACGAUUGCAACGAUUGUGAUGAUAAAGAGGAUUGCACGUUCUGCUGCGAGGGGUCGUUCUGUAAUGACGCACCUCCUGACGUCAUCGCACGGAAAUCCAACUUGACGCAAGACUGCUUCUCGUGUUAUUACAGCCCUGACGCAUUCGAAGUGCAGGACAGCAGAGCGUGUGGCACUGAGUUCGAUCCUAGUGGUGUGGGCGUCGAACUGGUGCAAUGUUCGGGGGUUUGCAAGAAAGUCGUUUCUGGCCAAUCGAUAGAGCGAUCCUGUGUUCAUAACUUGGAGGACUGUCACGCAGGGUGUCGAAUAUUCGGCUCAUGCACAUAUUGCUGCGAAGGAAACAAUUGUAAUGCUGGACAUCAUAGUAUACAUAUCAACAAUUUAUUACCAUUUUUGGCAGCAUUUUUUGUUUGCUUCAUGAUACAACGGCAUCGGCAACUAUUAUAACACAACGUGAAUGGUCACUUAGCGCAUUUUGUAUUCGUUAUGUACUUUGAUAUUCGGCGUUUCGACGGACCUUAAUGAUAAAAAUUGUCACGCUUUCCGACUGGAGAUGCGCAACUAUUAUUAGAUGGGGAUGUUUGAAAUCAGGGCAUAUAUUUUCUUUUGAGAUGCGAUGUUGCUGUAUUUGUUGUGCUGUAAAGGAGAUGUUUUAUAAGUGUAGACAGUUAUCACUCAGCAUUUCAACGGAACAACCUGCAACGGAACCAUAAUUGUGGAACGAUAGCUUAUUGACUUCACAGUCAAACAGUGUGAUGGCGUUCCGGAAGUGACGACGGACAAGGUGGAAACCGGUCGGACGCACCGGCAACGUCAAAAGAACGUAUAGACUGUAGAGUUGUAUUCGUAUCUCCUUUUCUAUCAGUAGGACUAUGCUUCAGUCAUCACCUUAUACUUGCCACCAGUUUCUUGAUUUAUAACAGCAGGAGUUCUACAUAGAAAUAUAUAUAUAUUCUCCGGUGUCAAGUUAUACUUUGGUCAUUUGGGUUCAGCAGUAUCAAAGAAAAUGCCCCGACUACUGAUUUAUAUUUAUGAUGAGUUGCAGCAAAAAGAUACAUAUUGGGAUGAAAAUACAAUAUCUCUUAAACUGUAUACAUGUAUGUGAAAGUAUUUUUGCAAUUAAUUUGUGAUCAAUGAAAUGGUCUUAUGUUUUGUUAGUCAUAUUAGUUAGCUGCUUGCACUGAAUGAUUCGUAUUGCAUCCGGUUAAUAAUACAACCCCGGAAUACAACAUAUGCUUUCAAGCUGAGAUGUAAAUGUACAUGACAAACAUUUUAUCUUCCCAGGUGGUGUGUAAUUGGGAAACCAUCAGACACGAUUAUAGGGGAUUUUCGCUCGGCAACACACGACGGAUUAAAGAAACAGUAAAUGGAUUGAUAAUGCCGGUCAAAUGACAAUGAUCAGUAAGGAAAUCUUUGUCGAAAAUCGGUGAACCGGAACAAGUUUCGUCCUAAGUUUCGGAGCUCACGAAAAAUUGUAAAUAUGUCGUUUGUCCAGUGCCCAGGACGAAAUUGCUAUUUUGAUUCACCAAUUUCCGAGAAAAAAAAGGAGUUCCUUGUUGUUCAUUGUCAUGAAAAGCAUUUGACAAUACAUUUUCUAUGUUCUUGAAUCCGUCGUGCAACGUGGAGAGAAAACUUCCAUUGUUCUUAUUGGCACGAGCGAACUGGCGUACAGAUGGGGGCUCUUGCCCCCCUCCCCCCCCCAAAAAAAAAAAAAAGAUAAAAGGGUGACAUAUGAUAUUAUUUACUGAAUAUUAUGUCAAAAUGUAUCACAAAAUUUGAUUUUUGUAAUAAAAAUUUCAAAAUUUUUGCUCGCUUGCAAAGUUUACACGAUACACCAAAUCUAGCCCCCCUUAUAUAUAUAUAUUUUUUUUUUUUUUGGGGGGGGGGGGCUCAUUACGCCACUGAUGUUCACCUAAUUAGUUGAUGACAGGAACUUUCUUGCUUUUUUAAGGAUUUUAUUUCUCUAACAGUGUAGCGGCACAUCUUGAGGUGAAAUCUUGCUCCCAGUUCCCAAUUGUGUUUUAUUCCUGACCUCAACCAGAAAUUACAGGUUGUACCCCAAAAAUGUGAGUCUUUGCACAUUAUCUAGGGUGCAAAUAGUUUUUGCCUUCAAAAUGUGCAAAUUGCACCUCCCCUGAAGGGUACAAAUCUGCACCUAAAUAUGUGCAAGAUGUAGCUAAAUUACUGUAUCCAAAAGGUGGGGAAAAAAACGUAUUCUGGUGCAAAGUUACACCCCUGAAAGAAGCUCCCGGUGUGUGAGGAUGCAAAAUUUCCUCUUUUUUUUCUAAAGUGUGUAUUCAGAAAUAACCCGCUGUCCAUCUUGCCUUAUUUCACGACGGUACACUACUUUUAAAAUAUUAAUUUAUUGCUCUGUUAUCAUGGUUAUGAUAAAUUGUGAUGAUCGUGAUAAUGGAGUGAUGUUUUUAGCCCAUCUAUUUUUCUUUUGUUCAUUCAGGAAUAAAAAAAAUGUUCGUCAAGAAAAGAUAUUCACAGUUUGAGAUAUUCAACAAUUAGAAAUAAUUAUUGUUUAUAGAUUGUGUAUAAAUUGAUUUAUUUGAAUACUU